AUGUACGUCCCUUCUUCAUUCAUAUGUGAAUGUGGCACUGGUUUCCUUGUUGUGCAGGCGAUCGACCGCAACGAGCGUGUGCUCACCAAGAACUUUCGGGGCAUGACCCUUGGAGCACCGUACGACUCCGCCUGGACGUCAUACAAAUUGGCGCUUGGCGAGGAGGUGAUGCUCAAGUUUUCCAGGGAGCUGGCGCGGUCGAGGAUCACCGUGCACACGGCACUGGCGAUCCCUCCCCACGACCGGAUGGACAGGGGGGACCAUGGGCAGUUGGUGAAGGCCGCCCCCGAUGAGAGGAAGUUCAGCCACAUUCGCAUUCAGGGGGGUGGUGCGGUGUGGUUCGGCAGGGUCCUGGUUCUCUUCCAGUUCACAGGACCGGAUGGGGACCUCAUCCAGCGGGCAUUUAUCAAGUACUACAAUGAGGUCGAGCCACCUUGUCCAGUGACUGGUUGCAAGAGGCUCUUGCCAACGAGUGGUGCCGAUGAGUAUGCUGUGAUCGAGUUGGAGAGCAUCCUAUGCCUUGCACACAUCGUUCCAUCAUUCGUUGACCCCCAGAAAUCGGAAGGAGCGGAGGGUCCCACACCUUCAACUAGAACGUUACCUGAAGUUUCUAAGAAAGACGAGGCUGCUGCCGCGGUAGCAGAGUCGGUCUACAUUGCUGGGCGAUACUUAAAGUUCUCCCGCGCGCUGAGCCAGUCCCCAUGGACGGUGGAUGAUGAGCAGAUGGGAGAUGGCUCUGUCCAGGAUCUAAUAGCAUCCCACCUGCUGCCUCUCCUCCAACCACUCUCGCACAAGUUCCAAGCCGCUGGGCGUGAGGACAUUGAUGUGCGCAUGCUGGGUUCAGGGCGACCGUUUCUUCUGGAGCUCAAAGGGGCGAGGCGAGUGCCUACGGCUGAGGAGCUAGGGAGGAUAGAGCUGGAGAUAAACGAGCAGGAGAGGGGCAAGUUGGCAGAUUCACGUGUGUGCGCGUUGAUGCGGCAGGGGGAGGCGGAGAAGCAGGUGAGUGGGCGAGGAAUGAAUGUGGGCGGGUUGUUGGGGGGACAAGAGAAGGAAAGGGAGGGGACGCUGUGCAUGAAAGUGGGGGUAAUGUGCCAGUUAGGACUUCAUCGUGAAGUGGAUGGGAUGACCCAGGAGCUGCAGCAAAAGACCCCCAUACGAGUGUUACACAGACGAAGCCCUCUCACUCGCCCUCGAACCAUCUACAGCAUGCAGUGCCAUUUGGUGCCGUCAAACCCACAUGUGUUCCUCCUCCACCUCACCACUCAGGCAAGUCAUACAGUGUGGUGCCACAUGGUGCUGCAUGGUGCCACACGAUGCCCUAUGGUGUUACGUGGUGCCAUGAGGUGUCAUCUGGUGCCAUCGAACCCGCACGUGUCCCUACUCCAUCUCACCACUCAGGCAAGUCAUACAGUGCGGUGCCACAUGGUGCCACAUGGUGCCAUCGGGUGCCGUCAAGCCACAUGA